UUAAAUGACCCAACGAGCCGGGUCCGGCCCGCGGGCCGUAUGUUUGACAUGCCUGGUCUAGGCUAAGUGGGUUGGGAUGGAACCUGCAAAGGUGUCCAGGGCUCUGGUCUCUACUUCCUCCAUGUAGAGAUUGGCCACGAUCGGUGACACUGGGGACCCCAUCGCACAGCCUUGUUUUUGCCUGUAGAAACCUCCAUUGUGUCACAUUUGUGCGUAUAACACAUAUUUGACAUGUGUUAUAUCUGUUGAACCGUCUGUAGUCAAUCCCAAACUGAUCGUGUGUCUGCGGGAUGCACUGGGACAAUCCUGAUCCACUUUUCAUUCCAGUUGUCACUUCUAAAACUCUGGUGAGGUGUUUAGGUUUAUGGCUUGUUAGAGUAACAUUUAUUAGAAAAACAAGUUUGGGAAGUGCUGGAGGCUGAAUAAUAUAAAAGUAGAAUAAAUAAACAUGCAAAUGAUUCAAAUUAUAUUGGCAGCGAAGUGUAAAAGCAAAUGUAAAGUGUCAUUGAAUUGCGAGUGUAUCCCAGUGUAACAGCUGUGUGCUGUAUUGGUACAUCAGCCUUUUCUUUCAGCCCUGCAGGCAAGCAGGUUGUUCACUGCAAAUAUUUUUUUAAUUAAUUUAACCACACGAAGGCCAAGCUAGGUGCCUCUUUCUUUGUUGUCAGCUGUGUUUCAUGUUUUAUCUGAUGCCUUGAUAAUGGCUUUUUAACUGUGCCCUAACGCAUGUUUCAACAAGCAUAGUUGCCUUGUUGUCUGUUUUUGCUAUUCCUGCCAAAAAACAAAAACAAAAUAGAAAUGUAUGAGUGUGUGUAUAAAUACAUAUGUGGGUGUGGUCCUGAUUGUCAGGAAGAGAUUUGUUACAGGUCUGUGAUGGGGAGUGUUGAAAUCAUUUUGAGCGUCGACUUGAACUGUGGCUGCAUAAAAGUGGUAUCGCUUGUCAUCGGAAAUCUUUGCAUUAAGCGUGUUUCAUCUUAAUGGAGACGGUUGCAGUGAGGUUGGCAUAAUUUAUUUCUGGUUUGUUACAGUCUGAGUGUCUAUGUUUGAAUGAGAUAAGAUGGAAAAAGAAUCGCAUAUCAAAACACCACAUUACUAAUGUCUGUUGACUUUUUUGUUCCUUAUAUUUUCCUUUUGAAUUUGAAUUUUUUUUUUUUUUUUGUCACUCAUGUAGUUUAAUGUUGUUGUGAUGAUUGGUAGAUGUUUUAGGAAUGCAUUCUCCUCUUGCAUAAUAACUUGUUAGUCAUCUCAGGAAAGUCCUGGCUCCUCUCCUUGUCUUUAUCUCCAUGUUGGCUGUGUGUUAUUAUUAUUUUUGGCUGCUUUCAAUACUCUGUGCGGGCGGUAAUUUGGUGAAAGUUUAUUGUUUUUAAAUGGGAAUCAUACUUAAAUUGUUAUUGACAUUUGAUAACAGUAGUAGACUCAUGCAUGUGGGUGUUUUCUCUCAUUUUGGUGUUUUAGUGAUGAUUUUUCAUCUCUCUUUGAGUUUCCGUCUGGGAUUUAUUUCGAAAGUUGACAUAAAGUUGUUUAGAGCAAAGGUGUGAUUUUUAUCUUUAUGAUAAGUUUUCUUAACACCAGGAAGUGGCCACGGUGGGUGUUGUCUUUCUGUUUUCAUUGUGUUUCGUGUUUUAUUCCUGGAAAUGACGUUCUUGUGUGUGUUUGUGUAUUCCUGUUUGUCAGGAAGAGAUGUAUUACACUUGUUUAAAAGGAGCGGUAUGAUAGACUGAUCAUAUAUCCAGCAUCGGAGCGAACUCUUCACCACAAGGGACAAACAGAUCUGAAAGAAGCAGAGAAGCUCCGCUGGUAGUCGUGAAGAUCCUGGUCGGCAGAUUACCAGCAUGUCGGCAUCAAACUGUCUUCUGACUGAAGAGCAGCUUUUGUGCUGCGUCUGUCUGGAUGUGUUCACCGAUCCCGUCACUCUGCCAUGUGGACACAACUUCUGCAAAAGCUGCAUCAUGGAGCACUUGAAUUUUAACUCCCAGCGCCAGUGCCCCAUGUGUAAAGAGCAUGUGGAAAAGAAAUACAAGCUGCGGGUGAAUACUUUCAUAUCUGAGAUGGCGGUUCAGUUCAGACAAUCAGCUGGAAAGAAAGACAGAAAGAUCCCCAAGCAACAGGCUGCAACACCAGCGAAUGUUCCUCAGGAUGUUCAUGCUGGACCUAAAUGGACAUCCCUGAGGUCCUGCCUCUUCAUAGCAGUUGGAAUAACAUGUUUAGUCUUCUUUAUUAUCAACCUGUACUGUCAUCAAAUCAUUUCCAGCAUAAAAAUGUACCAGCUCUAUGAUUUUUUGCAGAAGGUGGUUGAAAAUGUUAGUACUGAACAGGACAAACCUCUGGACUUGUCCUAUGUGGGUCCGGGUGACAGAUUUCACGAGGGGCUUUCUCUGAGAGAAGAAUAUGAACUAAAAAAGAAAGAAAUUUGGGAAACAGAGGCUAAAAUUCACAAGAUGGUCCAGGAGAGACGGCGUCGCGUCCAGGAAUUCAAACACUCUGUGAAAGUCGGAAAGGUAGGUGCAGAUGGGGUGAUGGAGGAAGGAGUUCAGGUCUUCACUGCUCUGAUUAGGUCUCUGGAGAGAGCCCAGACAGAACUCGUCGAGAUGAUUGAACAGAAGCAGAAAGCAACGGAGAAAGAGGCCAACGCUAACAUCCAAGAGCUGGAGCAGGAGAUCUCCGGGCUAACAAAGAGGCGCGCUGAGGUGGAGCAGCUCUCCCGCUCCAAAGACCCCCUCCAUUUCCUCCAGAGCUUCUCAGCCCUGAAUUCUGCUCCUCCCACCAAAGACUGGACGGACGUGAGCAUUUGUCCAGUUAGAUAUGAUGGCAUCACAAGGGCCGCGAUAGUGAGAGCUUUGAAUCAGCUGGCGGAGACGGUCAGGGAAGAGAUGCAGAGGCUUGAAGACGCCCAGUUUAAAAACCUUCGGCAAAACGCAGCGGACGUGGCCUUGGAUCCGGACACGGCACACCCUGCUCUCGUCCUGUCCGAUGACGGGAAACAAGUGCACUGUGGUGACGUUUGGAGGAAGCUCCCAGACAACCCAAAAAGAUUUCAACCUGCACUUAACGUCUUGGGAAAGCAGAGCUUCUCCUGUGGGCAGUUUCAUUAUGACGUCCAGGUUAAAGGGAAGACCAGGUGGACGUUAGGAGUGGCCAAAAGGUCCGCCAACAGGAAGGGAGACAUUAUGUUAAACCCAGAAAAUGGCUACUGGACUAUAUGUCUGAAAAAUAUUAACGAGUACUUUGCACUCGCUAGCCAACCCGUCCCUCUCCCUGUGAACAAUCACCCUGACAAGGUGAGAGUGUUUGUGGACUACGAGGAGGGCCUCGUCUCCUUUUAUGACGUCGAUGCUGCAGUUCUUCUUCACUCAUUCACUGGAAACUCCUUCACAGAGGGUCUCUACCCAUUCUUCAGUCCUGGGCCGAGUGACAGCGGCAGAAACUCUGCCCCUUUGAUCAUCUCAUCUGUAAAUCUCAGGUGAAGCUGAACAUUGUUGUUACUCCCCUAACCAGUCACUGAGAGUUUCUAGACGGUUGCUAUGGUAUGUUGAUCUUUAUGUUCCUUAUAUUUGUCUUUCGUACUUGAAUGCUUUUACAGUUGUGAUGACUGGUAGAUGUUAUAGGAAUGCAUUCUCCUCUUGCACAAUAACUUGUUACUCAUGUCAGGCAAGUCACAACUUUCACCAUCCUCUUCCUUAUCCUUAUCUUCAUGGCGUCCGUGUGUUAUUGCUUUUAAUACUCUGUGUGGACGGUAAUUUGGUCUAUAUAUAUUAUUAUAAAAUGCGAAUCAUAAUUAAAUUGACAUCGACAUUUGAUAACGGUAAUAGACUCAUGUUUCUGGGUGUUUUCUCUCA